GAGAAGGAUGACUUUUGACAGAUUGUGGUAAACAUGUGCUAGUGCUAGGUUAGGGAUUGUUUAAAAAUUUAUUUUUAUAAAAAAGUAGUAUUACGGAACAUGAAGUUGGAAGUCAGAGGUUUUUUUGAUUACGGUGUCUCUGAGCAUUGUUUGGACAACAACAAAUAUGAAUCGACCAUUAAAUUGUUGUACGAUUUCGGUUACAGGACAAUAGCAAUAAACCAAACAAUCGAUGCAAAUGAAUUAGAGCAGAAAAAGAAGAAGAAAAAAGGUGAACUUAGAGAAGGCCCCUCAGAUUUUGUACCAGAACCCUACAAAAUAACUCCACUUGAAGGUUACGAAGACUUAACUAUUCUAAACCGCUUAACAAUAAUUUUUUCCAAUCAAGACGUGAUGCAUAAAAUUACAAAGUCUUCACACUACAAAAAAUAUCACAUAAUCGCGGUUUUACCUGAAACGGUUCAAGCAAAUGCGUUUGUUUGUAGCAGCUUUGAAGCAGACAUAUUAUGCUUUCGUCCAGAGAAUAAAAACCACAUUAAACGUUCAAGAAAAAUGUACAAGCAGCUAAUAGACAGGGGCUAUCAUUUUGAAAUACCUUACGCGCCUGCUAUUGAAGACGCCGCUUUAAGGAGAAACAUUAUACACAUGGCACAUCUAUAUCACAUUUUUAUCAAGUCAAGAAAUGUUAUCGUGUCGAGCUUAGCCGAAAGACCUUCUUUGCUUAGGGGGCCUUAUGAUAUCAUUAAUUUAGGUUUAAUAUUUGGAUUAAAUGAAGAACAAGCAAAAAAUUCCAUAACAACUUGUGGUCGCAAAGUUUUUAUCAAUUCAGUUGGUCGAAAACAUGGUAAGGCUGUUAUGUUUGCUGAAAAUGUGGAAAAAGAAGAGAGUUCAAACGAUUGUGAAAUAAUAGACUGUGUUGACGAAAGUGAAGAAGACAUGGAAAUUGAUCAACCAGCAUUAAAAAAAGUUAAACAAUAAGUUUUUAUUGUGUUUUUUAAUUGUGUUAUCAAUAAAAUAAUUGGAGUUAAAA